UGGCGGGACGCCAGGCAGGCGGCUGCUGUAAACAACCCAACCGGUAAUCUAUUUAGAAAUAACUUUAAAAAGUUAAAGUUCUAACAUUUCAUUAUCUCAAAUGAACAUAGCUGAUUACUACCAGCUGGUGGCGGCAGUGCAACUGUCUCGUUGUUUGCCAAACGCCAAUGAACAUCAAAGAAGAAGAAGACGGAGGAGGAAGAAGAGGAGGAGGAGAACCCCAUUAGUGAGGAAACAAAAUGGACUUGAUGAGAUGAAGGAUGGCUGUCCCUCAGAGUCCAGGGCCGUCCUCCAUCAGAGAGCUGUCCCCCAUCAGAGAGCUGUCCUCCUGCUACCGGGCUCUAGUGGGAGGAGCAUGUCCUACACUAAGCGCUGCUGAGGUUGCCAGGCAGCUCUUUGCUGGCGUUUGUGGACAGGUGCCGGAAAGGGACACUCAGGAAGGCGCUGAAGCCGCGUGGGAGCUGAUCGUCUUCAGUCUGACUCUGCUGAGGAAGAUCUGCUGCGGGCUGUCCGCUCACAGCCUGCAUGGAGCUGUCCGGGGACCCUGGGGGGACAUCCUCAGCCUGCUGUUUGACCGCAUGGACCUCAUGUCUCAGCUUGUGUUCCACUUCCGGUCUGAGGAUCAGCUGAUCUCACAUCUGGCUGCAAAGUCUGCAUCUGUGUGUGUUCUCCACCUCAUCAGCACAGCAGGUGCAGUGAGUCCUGUUUGGAAGAAGCAAUGUGUGCAGGCUUUCAGCAGCUCUGCUCCUGGUCCUGAACUUGACGCCUGCCUUUGGUCUCUCACUGAAGUUGUCAAAAAGCUCCUCAAACAUUCGAAUCAAGUGCUCUUUGCAGAGGUCGUGGCAGCAUUUGACUGCAGCCUGACUGCUUUGUGUUCUAAGCUGCUUCCUGAAGAGAGGACAGAGGUUGGCUUCGGUCGCUCAUGGAGGAUGACGUUCUGUCUGCUAUUGGACCUGCUGGAGGUUCUGACUGCAUCGGGUUUGGUUUGUGGAGCUGGGCUCAGCCUGAGAAGCCAAAGGAUACCUGCAGUCCAGUCUGCAGUGCUCCUGCUGACCGUCAGCCACUGCUCUGACUACUUUGUGAAAAAGCGAAUCCUGCUUUUGCUCAAGAGAGUUCUGCUUCAGAAGCUGGGAGAGGACUGGUCCCUGGAGGGAGUGGCUUUGUCCGUACGGGAGCACAGAGAUUUGUGUGCUGACCGCUGUGUGCUGGCUCAGUGUGUCUUACAGGCAGUGACUGCUGACUGGCUGCAGAGCCUACAGGUGGAACGGGCCGUGUUUUUCGGAGGGCGAGAAAAGGAAGGCCUGAAACCGGACGGCACCAUGCUGAGGGCAGUCAGUCUGGUUCUUCUCAAGUCUGUAGAGCUUCACCUCCAGACAGCUGCUGCUGCAGGUGUGGACAGAUCCUCAGAGGUUGACUCAUAUCUCCAGAGUCUGUGGUCCUGGUUGAGGAGGCUGGACGUCUCUAAGACUGAAGUCAGUCACUGUUGCAGCUGGAUCAGCUUGCUGUUUGGAGAACAGGAUGAUGACCUCAUAGAGGCAGCCAGUGCAUCUCUGUCCAUAUUCAUCAGCUGCAGAAAGGAGAUGUUGGACUCUCUGUACCAGUGGUUCUGGUGGGACAAGCUGUGGCUGCCUGCAGAGCUGUCCUGGGCCGAUCUGGAGGACAAGGACGGUCUGGUCUAUGCCAAAGCCUCACAUCUCUAUGUCACAGUCCCCUACGCCUUCAGCCUUUUACUGGUCAGAUACCUGUUUGAAAGGUGGAUAGCAACACCACUCGCUGUCUCUGCAGGAAUCAGACAUCAAGUUCAUCUGAAAGUAGAACACAACCCCAUCCUGGAGAACUACUACAGCACUCAUAGUAGAAAUCCACUUCAGGCUGAUAUUAAUGGGCUGUCUAAGAAAAGCGGUUUGCCUAUCAGGCAAAUUGAACGCUGGUUCCGAAGAAGACGGAGGCAGGACCAUCCUGGAGUCUUAAAGAAAUUCAGAGAAGCCAGUUGGAGAUUUGUUUUUUACCUGUCUGCGUUUAUAGGAGGAAUCGCAGCACUUUAUGAUAAAGAAUGGCUGUAUGACUUUAGACAAGUAUGGACAAGUUAUCCAAAGCAGUCCAUGCUGGAUUCUCAGUACUGGUAUUACAUCCUGGAGAUGAGCUUUUAUGGCUGUCUUCUCUGCAGUGUUGCUUUUGAUGUCAAGAGAAAGGACUUCAAGGAGCAGAUCAUCCACCAUUUGGCCACUCUGGUCCUUCUGUCAUUUUCCUGGUGUGCAAAUUUCAUUCGAGUCGGAACCCUGGUCAUACUGGUCCAUGAUGCUUCUGAUAUUUUACUGGAGUCUGCCAAAUUAUUCAACUAUGCAAAAUGGGAGAAAACCAGCCAUGGUCUUUUUGUUGCGUUUGCCAUUGUGUUUAUGGUAACGCGACUGAUAAUCUUUCCGUUUUGGUUGAUCCACUGUACCUGGGUCUACCCGGUUCAUCACUACCCAGCCUUUUUUGGCUACUACUUCUUCAAUGUGAUGCUUGUGGUUCUUCUCUUCCUCCACAUAUUUUGGACCUACCUCAUCUUCCGCAUGAUCAGGAAGUUUCUGUUUGGCACACUAACAAGAGAUGAAAGAAGUGACAAUGAGGAGGAGGAAGAACAAGAGAGCAGCUUUACAGAGGAUGGAGAUGUUCAGCAACACAAGCCCUUCAAUAGACUGUCAAGGGAUGCAGCCAGUGAGAAGAACGGAUGCUUUGGUUUGUCUCCGCCAGAGAACACCUGCUUAUCAAGACUAUGUCAUGAGCUGGGCUCAGUGUAACCAGUAAACAAGGAGACGUGACAAAAAGAGUAGAGCUGAUGGAAAAACAAAUCACAGUUUAUUGUAUGUUUGUCAUUUUUACAGAUACUGAAGAAAAAAAAGCCUUUCUUCUCAAGUUUCAUAAUGAGCAUUGUGGGAAACAGAGAUUUUUUUUCCCCUUAUGUUCUGUUGUUUGUUUUUAUUUUGGUUAAGUUUCAUAACUCAUAAAUACAUAACCAGCUGACCUGCAGUAUAAAUGGAACAUUUCCAUGGCUUUUGUGAUGCAGGUCAGUUUGCCUGUUUAUGUCCCACUUGGUCUUCCUCAUUCUGUGCUUCAUCAUUGUGCAUCAGUUUGUUUUUCUGGGUGUCAAAUAUGUUCAUGAAUUUAACACUAUAAUCUCAUGAAGAUUUUAUAUCUCAUUUCUGACUGAUUCUGAACCCUGGUUAAGCAAGUGGAUUCUGGAUUGUCAGAACAUAAAAUUAGAUAUGAAACCACCAAAACUGCAAAUGUACAAAAUGGCAAAGAGCAAAAUACCCAGGAUGAAUGGAGAGACUGCAUUCUGUAGAAAUGCUCACAUUUACAGUAACUGUUUAAAAAUUAAAUAACUUUGUAAAACCUACAAUCAAAAAAUGCCUGUAUAACAAAUUAUUUCAGUAGUUCAUGUGGAGUAACAGAUGUGGUUUCCGUCAGUCGGUCGGUCGGUCGGCCGGUCGGUCAGUCAGUCACAUGCGGCUUAUCCCUAGUGGUGCUGGUGCCUAUCUCCAGAGGUCAACGGGUGAGAGUGGGGGGUCAUCCUCGACAGGUC